AUGACUUUCCUGGAGAGCUAUGGAUCGCUGCUGGUAACCAUCGCUGUGCUUCUGGCAGUGGAAGCUGCCAGUCGCAAUGGCAACGUCCAGUUGUCUGCGGUAGCUGCUUCGCUUCCCACUGGCGUGCCGCUGGCACUGUUCCUGGUGGCUUCAAAGCCCAGCACCUCACAGGCCACCCUAUGUGAGUUUUCCGACUCUGUGGUCCAGGGAGCCGCCGGCACUUUGGCCUUUGCUUUCGCUAUGGCUGCAGUUUCGCGAGCUGGUCUGGGAAUGUCGGCGAUGUUGAGUUGCGGCUACGCAGCGUGGUUUGCUACCUGGAGUUUGCUCAGCUUUCUGAAGACUGGAAAGGAUGAGGACAAGGCUCAGUGA